AUGACGGGGAACAACAAAAAGAAGCGUUAUGAGUGCGACGUGUGUGGCAAGGCCUGGCGGAGCCCGAGCCUGCUGGAGACCCACCGGCGGGUGCACACGGGCGAGAAGCCCUAUGGCUGUUCCACUUGUGGCAAGAGCUUUACCCGCUUGUCGGGGCUGAGGCAGCACCAGUGGGUGCACAGCAGUGAGCGGCCCUUCACUUGCUCCGACUGCGGAAAAGGCUUCAACCAGUCCCAAAGCCUGCUGGUGCACCAGUACACCCACAGCGGUGAACGCCCCUACACCUGCAGCGACUGCGGCAAGGGCUUCAUCCAGUCCCAAAGCCUGUUGGUGCACCAGCGCACCCACAGUGGGGAACGCCCCUACACUUGCAGCGACUGCGACAAGGACUUCACCUGCUCCGCCUAUCUGCUGUCCCACCAGCGCACCCACAGUGGAGAGCGGCCCUACACCUGCGCCCAGUGUGGAAAGGGCUUCAACCACUCCAGCAGCCUGCAGACGCACCAGCACAACCACACCGGCGAGCGCCCCUACACCUGCGCCCAGUGCGGCAAGGGCUUCACCCAAUCCAGCAACCUGCAGAACCACCAACGCACCCACACCGGCGAGCGUCCCUACACCUGCGCACAGUGCGGCAAGGGCUUCACCCAAUCCAGCAGCCUGCAGAACCACCAGCGCACCCACACCGGCGAGCGUCCCUUCACCUGCGCACAGUGCGGCAAGGGCUUCACCCAAUCCAGCAGCCUGCAGAACCACCAGCACACACACACUGGCGAGCGCCCCUACACCUGCGCCCAGUGCGGCAAGGGCUUCACCCAAUCCAGCAGCCUGCAGAACCACCAGCGCACCCACACCGGCGAGCGCCCCUACAUCUGCGCCCAGUGCGGCAAGGCCUUCACCCAAUUAAACAGCCUGCUGAAGCACCAGCGCACCCACACUGGCAAGCACAUCUACACCUGCGCCCAGUGCAGCAAGGGCUUCACCCGCUCCGACAGCCUGCUGGAGCACCAGCGCACCCACACCGGCGAGCGCCCCUACACCUGCGCCCAGUGCGGCAAGGGCUUCACCCAAUCCAGCCAUCUGCGGGAGCACCAGCGCACACACACCGGCGAGCGCCCCUACACCUGUGCCCAGUGCAGCAAGGGAUUCACCCGCUCUGACAGCCUGCUGGAGCACCAGCGCACCCACACUGGCGAGCGUCCCUACACCUGUGCCCAGUGCGGCAAGGGCUUCAUCAGAUCUAGCAGCCUGCUGAAGCACCAGCACACCCACACCGGGGAGAGCCCCUACAUCUGCGCCCAGUGCGGCAAGGGCUUCACCCGCUCCUCCAGGCUGCUGUCCCACCAGCGAGUACACGCCGGCGACCAACCCGUCCCCAGCCCGGUGUGUGGAGAGCGCUUUGCCAGGUCCUCCCACGCCCUGUCUCACCAGCACGUGCACACCAGUGGCCAGCCCUACAACUGCCCGUACUGUGGUGAGGCGUUUGACAGCUCGCGGGGAUUGCGGCUGCACCGGCGGGCACACGCCGGCGAGCAGCUGGUCCCAUGUGGCAAGAGCUUCACCCGCUACGACAGACUGCUGCGGCACAACCGCGAGCACUCCGGCGAGAGGCCCUUUGGCUGUUCCAACUGUGGCAAGAGCUUCAAGAUGUUGCAUGAGCUGAAGAUGCAGCGGCGAGGGCACACGGGCGAGAAGCCCUAUGGUUGCUCCACCUGUGGCAAAAGCUUUGCCCGGCUGUCGGGGCUGCGGCUGCACCAGCGGGUGUACAGCAGCUUCAAGUCGUCGCUGGACCUUUUUGAUGCACAGGCAGGGCACAGUGCAGCCGGUCACCACGAUGCCCGUGGCCAGGGGUCUGAGUCCACAACCUCCCCCACAAAGGACACCAGCUUCGCACUGGCCAUGGCACCCAGAUCCGGCCCACUGGAUGGCAGCCUUUGUGUGGGAGGUGAUGGGCCGGGGCACAACAAGGAGAAGCGUUAUCAGUGCGACAUGUGUGGCAAGGCCUGUCAGAGCCCGAGCCAGCUGGAGAUCCACCGGCGGGUGCACACGGGUGAACGCCCCUUCGACUGCUCGGUGUGCAGCAAGAGUUUCAAGACGGCAAAUGUCCUGGAGGCCCACCGGCAAGUGCACAUGGGCGAGAAGCCCUAUGGCUGCUCCACAUGCGGCAAGAACUUUACCCAGUUGUCACGGCUGCGGGAGCACCAGCGGGUGCACAGCAGUGAGCGGCCCUUCACCUGCUCCGACUGCGGCAAAGGCUUCAAAUUGUCCAAGGACCUGAAGGUGCACAGGCGGCUGCAUACCGGGGAGCGGCCCUACACCUGUGCCCAGUGCGGCAAGAGCUUCUCCCAGUCCAGUCACCUGCUGAUGCACCAGCGCACCCACACCGGCGAGCGCCCCUACACCUGUGCCCAGUGCGGCAAGGGCUGCACUAGCUCUAGCAACUUGCUGGAGCACCAGCGCACCCACACCGGUGAGCGCCCCUACAACUGCGCCCAGUGCGGCAAGGGCUUCACCAGGUCCAGCAACCUGCUGGGGCACCAGCGCACCCACACCGGCGAGCGCCCCUACACCUGCGCCCAGUGUGGCAAGAGCUUCACCCACUCCAGCAACCUGCUGCAGCACCAGCGCACCCACACUGGUGAGCGCUCGCCGCUGCCGACUGUCCGAUGUCCGAAGUCCUGGCGUCGGGAUGACCAAAAUUCCGACGUCGGGACGGAUUGGAACAGUCGAGGAGACCGUGGGCUUCACGGUGUUAAAGUCCACAGGCCCCGAGGUUGGAGCUCCUCACGGGCGAUCGUCGGCAAAGGAGAAAAAAUGCAUCUCCAUCGAGUGGAGGACCUCAUGACGCGGCACAACAAGGAGAAGCGUUAUGAGUGCGAUGUGUGUGGCAAGCCCUGGCGGUGCCCGAGCGAGCUGGAGGUCCACCAGCGGGUUCACACAGGAGAACGCCCCUUCGACUGCACGGAGUGCGGCAAGAGCUUCAAGACGCCAAGUGAACUGAAGGUCCACCAGCGAGUGCACAUGGGCGAGAGGCCCUAUGGCUGCUCCACCUGUGGCAAGAGCUUUGCCCAGUUGUCGAGGCUGCGGGAGCACCAGUGGAUGCACAGCAGUGAGCGGCCCUUCACUUGCUCCGACUGUGGCAAAGGCUUCACGUCGUUGCCGAGACUGAAGGCGCACGGGCACCUGCACACCGGGGAGCGCCCCUACACCUGCAGCAACUGCGGCAAGGGUUUCACCCGCUCCAGCAGCCUGUUGGAGCACCAGCGCACUCACACCGUCAAGGGCCCCUACACCUGUGCCCAGUGCGGCAAGAGCUUCACCCGUUCUUACAGCCUGCUGCAGCACCAGCGCACCCACACUGGCGAGUACCCCUACACCUGUGCCCAGUGUGGCAAGGGCUUCACCCAAUCCAGGAACCUGCUGCAGCACCAGCACACCCACACCGGCGAGCGUCCCUACACAUGCGCCCAGUGCGGCAAGGGCUUCACCAACUCCACCAGGCUGCGGGUGCACCAGCGCACCCACACCGGCGAGCGUCCCUACAUCUGUGCCCAGUGCGGCAAGGGCUUCACCCGCUCCGACAGCCUGCUGGAGCACCAGCGCACCCACACCGGCGAGUGCCUCUACACCUGCGCACAGUGCUGCAAGGGCUUCACCAGCUCCACCAGGCUGCUGGUGCACCAGCGCACCCACACCAGCGAGCGCCCAUACACCUGUGUCCAGUGCGGCAAGGGCUUCAUCACAUCCAGCAACCUGCUGCAGCACCAGGGCAUCCACACCGGCGAGCGCCCCUACACCUGCGCCCAGUGCGGCAAGGGCUUCACCCACUCCAGCAGCCUUCUGGGGCACCAGCGCACCCACACCGGCGAGCGUCACUACACCUGCGCUCAGUGCGGGAAAGGCUUCAUCAGCUCCACCAGCCUGCUGAAGCACAAGCGCACCCACACCGGGGAGCGCCCCUACACCUGUACCCAGUGCGGCAAGGGCUUCAUCUGCUCCACCAGACUGCUGUCCCACCAGCGGGUGCACGCCAGAGACCGUCCCGUCCCCAGCCAGGUGUGUGGUGAGCCCUUUGCCAUGGCCUCGCACGUCGUGUCUCACCAGCACGUGCACACCAGUGGCCAGCCCUACGACUGCCCGUACUGUGGUGAGGCGUUUGACAGCUCGCGGGGGUUGCGGCAACACCGGCGGGCCCACGCCGGUGAGCAGCUGCUUCAACUGUGAUAAGAGAGAAUGGGGGCUGCGGGAGCACCAGCGGAUACACACCAGAGAGAGACCCUUUGUGUGCGCUGAAUGUAGCAAGGGUUUCACCCGCAUGUCCGACCUAUGGCAGCACCGGCGUACCCACAGCGGUGAGCGUCCCUUACCCUGCCCGUCCUGUGGUAAGGGCUUCACCCGCCUUGACCACCUGCUGGAGCACCGGCAAAUCCACACCGGCCAGCGCCCCUUCACCUGCCCGCUCUGUGGCAAGGCCUUUGUCCGUUCCUCCAGCCUGCUGGCACACCACCACGUGGACAGAUAGGCUCUGUUUAGGUAGACACAAAAUGCUGGAAGAAAUAGGUAACAUUUCUGGUCGAGACCCUCCUCAGUCUCGACCCGAAAUGUCACCCAGUCCUUCUCUCCAGAGAUGCUGCCUGUCCCGCUGAGUUACACUG